UGCGCACCAUGGAGCUGGACCAUAUGACGACGAGCGGCGGCCUCCACGCCUAUCCCGGGCCGCGGGGCGCGCCGGCCGCCAAACCCAACGUGAUCCUGCAGAUCGGUAAGUGCCGAGCGGAGAUGCUGGAGCACGUGCGGAGGACGCACCGCCACCUGCUCACCGAGGUGUCCAGGCAGGUGGAGCGCGAGCUCAAGGGGCUGCACCGCUCCGUGGGCAAACUGGAGAACAACCUCGAGGGCUACGCGCCCACCGGCGACUCGCAGCGCUGGAAAAAGUCCAUCAAGGCUUGCCUGAGCCGCUGCCAGGAGACCAUCGCCAACCUGGAGCGAUGGGUCAAGCGCGAGCUGCAUGUGUGGCGCGAGGUUUUCUACCGACUGGAGAGGUGGGCCGACCGACUGGAGGCCAUGGGCGGCAAGUACCCGGUGGGCAGUGGCGAGCAGGCCCGCCACACCGCCUCAGUGGGCGUGGGGGGUCCUGAGGGCUGCUGCCAGGACGUCGACGGCUACGACUACAGCGUGAGCCCCUACGCCAUCACCCCGCCGCCGGCCGGCGAGCUCCCGGGGCAGGAGCCCGGUGAGGCCCAGCAAUACCAGCCGUGGGUGACCGGCGAAGACGGGCAGCCGAGUCCCGGGGUGGACACGCAGAUCUUCGAGGAUCCCCGCGAGUUCCUGAGCCACCUGGAGGAGUACCUGCGCCAGGUGGGCGGCUCCGAGGAGUACUGGCUGUCGCAGAUCCAAAACCACAUGAACGGGCCAGCCAAGAAGUGGUGGGAGUUCAAGCAGGGCUCCGUCAAGAACUGGGUGGAGUUCAAGAAGGAGUUCCUGCAGUACAGCGAGGGCACGCUGUCCCGCGAGGCCAUCCAGCGCGAGCUGGACCUGCCCCAGAAGCAGGGGGAGCCGCUUGACCAGUUCCUGUGGCGCAAGCGCGACCUCUACCAGACACUGUACGUGGAUGCCGACGAGGAGGAGAUCAUCCAGUACGUGGUGGGCACCCUGCAGCCCAAGCUCAAGCGCUUCCUGCGCCAUCCGCUGCCCAAGACCCUGGAGCAGCUCAUCCAGCGGGGGUUGGAGGUGCAGGAUGGCCUGGAGCAGGGGGCCCAGCCCGCCGCCGAAGAGGAGACGGAGGCCCUCACGCCCGCCCUCACCAGCGAGUCCGUGGCCAGCGACCGGACCCAGCCCGAGUAGGGGGCAGCCUCCCCACCGGGCCCAGCCCGGGCUUUUGCCCACUGGGACUCUUGUGCUGGAGCCGACUCCUCCGGCCCUCAUGCGGCCGGAUACCCCCUCAGCCUCGGGCCAGACCUGCACGGACAGACUCCGGCUCUUCCAGA